AUGCAUCGCGGCAGCCGUGAGCGCACGACGUCUGGGUACCGUAUGCGUCUUUCGCAAUUGGCCGACCGACCCGUUCCCACUCUCCGGCUGGACGCGAGCCGGGGACUCCUGGUUUCGUUCCCGUCGCGUAUCUUACGGGCGUGUCUCGAGUGCCGUGCCCCGAAUGCGCUGUCGUGUGCAAGUUCAGCCGCGCUCGGUUUCGCACCGCCUAGUGGUGUCGCUUUCGUAGCUGCGAUGGUGACUGUGGAUGGCGGCACGGAUGGUCCGACUCCGAGAGAAAGCGGCCGACGGGAAAGACGCGAUGUGACGCCUCGUGCUAGCUAUGAUGCUAAUGCCCGUCGGAGGGGCCCUCUGGCUCCCACGAGGAGUCUCUCAGCGGGUAAAGCCACGCAACGUCCGAAGGAGAAGAGAGGGAAGGACAAGGCGAAAUGGGAAUCCAAGGGGGCAGACGGCGCUGGAGACAUGGAUGCGUUCGUGGAACCAGCAGCCCCCACAGCCGCCGCCGCCGCCCCUGCCGCUGUCCCACCGGCGUGUGCGUCUCCAACUCCGCCAGCCCCGGAGCAAUCAGCUGCACCGGCGCCGGCCGCAGAAUCGAACACCGCUCCUCCAGACGCCCCCGAGGUUCCCAGCUACCUGUCUGAGCUGGUUUACAAGGAAGGGCAGUACAGUCCGACGAACCCCGAUGGGAAGCGAGUUUACGAUCGAGAUUUCUUGAUGGCCCUUCGAGAUUGCCCGUAUGCGAGGACUUGUCCGAAAGAUAUGCAGGUAGUGACGGAGAAGAUUUCCAAAUGGAAAGAUCACGUCGAAAGGGGGUCUAAGAACGUGGCCGAUGGCGGCCGCGGUGGUGGCCACCAUGAUUUCACGCCACAUUACGUGAAGGGAGCUUCUGUUAGUGGCGUUCCUUCCUAUCGUGACAGUGGGCGGAGUGGGGCCACGAAAAGGCCCAGUCUGCAGGGUCGUCGCAACGACCGGCAGAUGCAGCCGUCAAGUCAGCAGCAGCGUGUGAUCUCGGUAUCAAUCGAUGAUGUGUGUCUGCAACGCUCGAAGAACGCGUGGAAGCCGUCUGUUGUUGCUGUGCCCGACGAGAAGCCUUCCUCUGAAAUGCAUGAGGUUCUGGCCAAAAAAGUUCGAGGUGUGCUGAACAAGCUCACGCCGUCUAAAUUUGAAACCUUGUUGGGUCAGGUGAAAGACCUUCCUAUUCACACACACGAGGAACUCGACUGCGUGAUCGACUUGGUAUUCGAAAAGGCGUGUGAUGAGCCCGGCUUUGCCACUGCCUAUGCCUCGCUUUGUCACCACUUGUCCACGGCAAUUACGGUGAAGGAUGAGAAUGAUCAGCGAUAUAGUUUUAGGAAGAAACUUCUCAUCAAAUGUCAAAAGGAGUUCGAAAUGGAACAGCGUUUCGACGCCGAUCGGGACCAGAAGCGUAUUGAAAUAGAGCAGACGAAAUCGGAAGAGAAGCGGAAGGAGAUGAUGCUAGACUUGGAGGAUAAAGAUAGGAAAAUGAAGAGACGAUAUUUAGGCACGAUUAGGUUUAUAGGAGAAUUGUUCAUGAAGGGCAUGCUCACGGGGAACAUAAUGCACGGAUGCGUGCUGAAUAUGCUGAAUGGAUGGGAGAAAACACGCGACGAAGACUAUCUCGAGUGCCUUUGUAAACUGUUGACCACUAUUGGAGCUAAGCUGGAUAAUGAGGCUCCCAACCCUACGAAGGAUUCGCAAGGAAGAGAUCAACUGGGGGAGCACUCGGUGAAGAUGAAUGGUUACUUCGACCUGUUGAAAGGGUUCGUGGACAAGAAGGAGACUUCUACCAGAGUACGUUGCUUAUUGAUGGACGUGGUUGACCUACGCAAGUCCAAGUGGGUCCCGCGUCGUGAGGAUUACAAGCCCAAGACAAUUGAGCAGAUCCAUCGCGAAGCUCGAGCCGAAGAAAGCAAGAAGAUGAUAGAAAUGAACGAAUUCCAUGAAGCCAAAGCCCAAGAGAAGCAGAGGCAGCAACAGCAGCAUCGUCCACGUGGCACUCCCGCAGGUACACGUGGAGGGAAUCAACAACAGCCGAAUAACGAGGAGUGGCAAUUCGUGCAGCAGAAGCGAGAGCGGCAGUCGUAUGACACGAGUCGCCUUAUGGCUGCUGGAGGUUUUACAGGAUCAGGAAACAGCGUAUUCGCCCCACAGAUGAAGGCUUGGGGCGAGGGUGCGGGUGGCGGCGCCAGUGCUCGUUCCGCCGAUUUGUCCAAUCGCUUCACAAGCCUGAGCGAUGGUAACACUGACGCUGGCCGUGGUCACAGUGGAAGUUCACGGUCUACAACCAUUCCGCCCAGGAUGCAGCAGAAGCAGGGCAUGGGACGGGAUAGUUUCCGGAACGACCAGGGAAGAAGAGGAAAUAUUCGUGGGCCAGGACAAGACAUCCGACCGUCUCAUAGCAUGGGUAGUUCUCGUGACGGUUCCAUGAGUCGCUUCGGUGACGACGGUGGUCGCUAUGGCGGCAAGCACGGCGGUACCACGUCCAUGAUGUCGUCUCGUGACCGUGACCGCGACCGCGAUUAUGCUGCUCCGGCGGCAUCGGGCGCAAGAGCUCCACCAUCGAAUCCCCCGCCCAGCGCCCCACCGCCCUUGGACAGUUUGCCGACAGAGUUGUCUGGUCCGGCGAACGAAGAAGAAAAGACGCUGCAAGAGCUCACUAUGAAGUUCACCGAUAAAUAUUGUUUCCCUGACUGUGAUCCUUCGAGUGAAUCUGUAGGUGAUGUGAUAAAAAGUUUCCAUGAGACUAAUGUGCACAUAUUUGUGCACGAGGGGCUGAAUCAUUCGGUGGAGAAGCCCGAAUCCUUCCGGAAGAAGUUCGGCUCGUUUUUGAGCAUGCUACUGAAAUCUAAAGUAUUGACAGCGGAUGCUUUCGUGCGAGGAGUGCGAUGUCUGUUGGACAAUUCUGAAGACCUAAUCAUCGACUUGCCCAAGUUCUGGGAUUACGUUGGGCAGUGUUUAAGCCCGGUGUUCACGACGAGCGACGGGUUGAAGCUCAGAGAGCUGAAGAAGUGCUUCAAAGAUUCUGAAUCCCAGGGAUUCGAUAAACUGGCUACUGCUAUCUUGAAAUCUGCUGGUUUGGGCUUCUUGAAUUCUGUGAAGACUUCGGGUGGCGCAUCAGAGUGGGUGAACGAAAAGAGUGCAGAGAGAUUCCGAAAUGAAUUCUUGAAGGAGCUCACAAAAUCCUAUCCUCCGCCAACGAAUGAUGAAUUGUUGACGUGGCUCAACGAUCGUGUGGCUCCGGAAUGUCGAGGAGAGGUUCACUUCGUCCGAGCUUUGGUGUAUGCGAUAUUAGAUUCCACACUCAUGCGCGAAGGCCCUGAUGAAGAGCAGAAAAAGCUUUUCAUGUUGCGCAAGCCUGUCCUGGCUCGUUUCUCAGACAACAAGCCAGAGCUAGAAAUGCAGGUUCUCAUUGCUUCCACGCACUUGUUGGAGGAUCGUGGUCAUCCCAAAGGGAUGCAUGUACGCCUAUUCGAAAUGGUCCACGAUGCGGAGUUAGUGGCGGAAGAAACAUUCGACAAUUGGUACGCGGACGGCAGCAAGAUGUGCCUCCGCGGUUACGCCGUGUCGCACGAAGCCAUGAAGCCGUUCUUCGAGUGGCUCAGGACUGCCGAAAGCGACGGUGAUGCCAAUGAUGCGUCAGAGAAUUGA